GUCAUCGACGUCGUUGUCAUCGCCGCCACCGUCGCUGUCCUUCGCAUCAAUCGAAAUCAUUCAAAACAACAUCCUGCCGCCGCACUGCCAAAUAAGCAUCGUUGGAACCAAACCUCGUGAUAUCGCAAAAGACGCACAUGGGCGUCUGUACCGAAGAGCGCCCUGUGAUGCAUUGGCAGCAGAGCGCAAGAUUUCUUGGGCCAGGUGCAAGGGAAAAAAGUCCAACACCACCUGUAGCACAUCAAGGAAAUGCUGCACAUUGCGGCAGUGCUGCAGGUGCAAAUAACAGUAGUAAUAAUAACAAUAACAACAACAAUAAUAAUAGCAACAACAACAAUAAUAACAACAACAACAACAGUAGUAGUAAUCAUAGUCAUAGCAAUCAAUUCAUAUUUCGAUCCACACAAUCCUGCUCAACAUGUCCCGAUAUCUGUGAACACAGUACAAAGCCGUUUAGUGCUGCGGCGGCCGCCUAUUCAGUUGCAUUUAGAAGCUAUGAAACAGCCGAACAGGCCACCUUCGAUGACUCUUCCAUCAAAUAUGCCAUUAGUCGAGGCCAAACCGAAUGUCCGGACGAUCUCAACGAUGAAACGAAUUCGGGUAUAUCCUUUAAAACGGAACCUUAUGGACCACCCAGUAGUCCAGAAUCGGCGACUGAAACAAAACCAAAUUGUAGUCCACCCUGUGCCGGGUGUGGGCGUUUAAUACAGGAUCGUUUCUACCUCUCGGCUGUGGAUAAACGGUGGCAUGCCAGUUGCCUGCAAUGCUAUGCCUGUCGACAGCCCCUCGACCGGGAAUCUUCGUGUUAUUCGCGCGACGGUAAUAUUUACUGCAAAAGCGAUUAUUAUAGGUGAGCUUUAGUUGUAACAAU